AUGAGCAAGAACCGCAUGGGCACCGCGAAGGAGCGCAGCGUCUUUGUCGGCAACAUCCCGUACGAUGUGACCGAGGAGAUGCUGCGCGAGAUUUUCUCCGAGGCCGGGCCCGUCGUCAACUUUCGGCUCGUCACGGACCGCGAGUCGGGCAAGCCCAAGGGCUACGGCUUUUGCGAGUACAACGACGGCGCGACGGCGCUCAGCGCGAUGCGCAACUUGAAUGGCUACGAGAUCAACGGCCGCAACCUGCGCGUGGACUUUGCGGAUGGCGGCGAGCGCCAAGGCACGGACCGCGACCGCCAGAGCGGCGUGACGGGCGAAGCCAUCAUCAAGAGCAUCGAGGCCGCGGUUGCCGCGCAGGGCCGCGUGCCCAUCUACGACAUGCUCGUGGCCUUUCGCGAGUACGCCCGCGCCAAGCCCGAGAUGACCAAGACGCUGCUCAACGCCAACCCGGUGCUCGCCCACGCGAUCAUCGAGUCGUACAAGGCGCUCAACAUCCAGCUCAUGAAGACGCCCGCGACCCCGUUUUCGGGUGGGCCCGCGCCGACCGGAGGACUUCUCUCGAGCCGCUCCCGGGGACCACCGUCCGGCGGUAUCCUCGGUCUUGCACCGCCCGUGCAAAGCAUGCCGCCGCCCAUGGGCAUGGCCUCGUCGCGUGACCCCCGCGACGUGCGUGGUGAUCCGCGUGGCGAUCCGCGUGGCGAUCCGCGUGGCGACCCGCGUGGCGACCCGCGUCGGCGUGCGGACCCGCGUCUCAAGCGCGACGCAGUUGGCUUUGGCGCGCCCGAGCCCAAGCGCCAGAAAGGCGACGAGUUUCUCAAUUUGCCGCCGGGCAUGAGCCAGGAGCAGCUCGCGAUGCUGCCGCCGAACGAGCGGCAAAUGCUUCUGAGUUAUAUGGAGCAAGCGGGGCUGCAGUUCCCGCAGCAGUAG